AUGGAUCGCAUAAAUUGCCUGAGACUUUGGCUCUUCCUUGGAUUGGUUUUGGGAUCGGGAUUCGGAUGGAGAUUGGGUUUAAGCUUUGUCAACAGCGAUGAGCUCAAGAUAACCUUCUGGAUGGAACCUGUUCAACGAGCUGAGUUCGAUACGGAUAUGGCAACGGUGUUGAAGGAGCUGGAGGCUUUACAGCUGGGCACCAGUGUGAUGGAUACGGUGGUGCAGUUAACCCACUCCAACGAUGUGGACAUGGAUAACUUCUGCGAGAUCUUGGGCAGCGUGGGCAGCAAUGUGAUUGUGGAUCUAAGUUACACCCGCUGGUCACAGGGCCUGGAGUUGGCCCGUGCCCAUGGCAUUCCUUAUGUGCGUCUGGACAGGAUUCUGCGUCCAUUUCUCGACAUGUUUGGCGAUUACAUGCGCUUAAAACGCGCCAACAAUGUGGCCAUGAUCUUUCAGAAUGCACGCGACACAAUGGAGGCAAUGAAACAUCUGAUUGGUGGUUAUCCUUUUCGUACCCUCAUCUUGGAUGGCAGCAAACUCGACACUGACGAUUUUGUCCAGCGUCUGACCAUGUUGCGUCCCGCUCCCACCUAUUUUGCCAUGUUUGCGAGAGCUUCUCCCAUGAAUGGUCUCUUUGAGCGUGUGCAAAAGGGUAAACUAUUCCAACGUGCCGCCGAGUGGCAUUUCAUCUUCCUGGACACCAGGGAUCGGGUCUUCAAGUAUAAGCGCCAGGUGGAGUUUUCCACACGGUUCACAUUGAACGCACGCGCCAUCUGCCGUUCAAUGCAGAUGAGGGAUCUAUAUUGUGCCAGCGGAUUUACGCUGCAACGCGCUCUUCUCCUGGACAUCAUUCGCAGUCUGAUUGAUGGAGCGAAUUCAAAUCGCAUGUUCCCGGAGCCUGUCUACCUGGAUUGCAAUGCCAGCACUGAGGCAACAACAACUGAAAACGGCCUCUGGAUGGAGAAUGUGCACUGGAGCAAUUUUGUGAGCACUGUGCCGUUGAGUGAAGAAAGCGAUGCACUAGUAAGUGAGCCGCAGGAGCAGGAACAGCAGCCGGAGGAGGAGCUACUGACCUUUGUGGCCAAUAUAUCCGCCGGUUACUAUUCCAAUGAGCAUGAGGCAAAGACGGACCUCGCUGUUUGGUCAGCUGGACAGAUGCGUUUGUUGAAUGAGACGAUCAGUCCAAGUCGUCGCUUCUUUCGCAUUGGCACCGCCGAGAGUCUACCCUGGAGCUACUAUCGUCGUCAUCCGCAGACCGAUGAGGUGAUGCGCACCAAGAGCGGAGCACCCAUCUGGGAGGGUUACUGCAUUGACUUUAUCGCCCGACUCGCCGAGAAGCUGAACUUUGCCUAUGAGAUUGUGGCCCCACAGCAGGGACACAUGGGAGAGCGCAAUGAGGAUGGCGAAUGGGAUGGCGUCAUUGGGGAUUUGGUCAGUGGAGAGACGGAUUUCGCUGUUGCCGCACUCAAGAUGUACUCGGAGCGGGAGGAAGUCGUUGAUUUCCUACCGCCCUACUACGAGCAGACUGGAAUCUCUAUUGUGAUGCGAAAACCCAUGCGACGCACCUCGCUGUUCAAGUUCAUGACGGUGCUCCGGGUGGAGGUCUGGGUGAGCAUUGUGGCCGCCUUGAUUGGCACGGCCCUGAUGAUUUGGUUCAUGGACAAGUACUCACCGUACAGUUCGCGCAACAAUCGGGAUGCGUAUCCAUACGAAUGCCGACAGUUCACUCUUCGGGAGAGCUUCUGGUUUGCCUUGACUUCAUUCACGCCGCAGGGUGGUGGUGAGGCACCCAAGGCGGUAUCGGGACGUCUACUGGUUGCCGCCUACUGGCUAUUUGUUGUACUCAUGCUGGCCACGUUCACGGCCAAUCUGGCGGCUUUUCUUACCGUCGAACGUAUGCAGACGCCGGUCCAAUCUCUGGAGCAACUGGCUCGACAAUCGCGCAUCAAUUACACCGUGGUCAAGGACUCAGAUACGCAUCAUUACUUCAUGAACAUGAAGUUCGCCGAGGACACAUUGUAUCGCAUGUGGAAGGAGAUGGCAUUGAAUGCCUCUCGCGACUUUCGCAAGUUUCGCAUUUGGGAUUACCCGAUUAAGGAGCAAUAUGGACACAUCCUGUUGGCUAUCAACAGCUCGAAGCCGGUACAGGAUGCAAAGGAGGGAUUUGCCAAUGUGGAUGCACACGGCAAUGCCGACUAUGCCUUCAUACAUGACUCGGCGGAGAUCAAGUACGAGGUUACCAGGAAUUGUAAUCUCACCGAGGUGGGCGAAGUCUUUGCCGAGCAACCAUACGCCGUUGCCGUCCAGCAGGGUAGCCAUCUAGGUGAUGAGCUAAGCUAUGCCAUCUUGGAGCUACAGAAGGAACGUUUCUUUGAGCAACUCAGAGCUAAGUACUGGAAUCAAUCAAAUGCACGUAAUUGUCCUCUCUCAGAGGAUCAGGAGGGAAUUACUCUAGAAAGUUUGGGUGGAGUUUUCAUUGCCACACUGUUUGGUCUCAUUCUGGCUAUGAUAACGCUAGGCUUUGAGAUUAUAUACUAUCAGAAGAAACAAAAGGCGCUGGCACUGUCCCUUAUAACGCAGGUUAAACCUCUGGAAAUCAAUGAUGCAAGUAAAAUCGCCUGGCUUGAUACCACAAAGAAUGAUUACGGUUUGAAUAAAGAUAAAGAGAAAGCCAAAAAGAAGGAAGGAAAGGGUAAAAAGUUGAAUAAACUGACCCCACCGCCAACAUUCGAUGCAGCCACAUUUCGUGGCAAAAAGAUGCCAGCAUCAAUCACUUUGGGCGAUGGACAGUUCAAGCCCCGACUUCGAGAUCAUAUCAAUGUGCGUCGUGAGAACUACAGUGGCUACAUGGAAUAGAGUGGCACCAAAUGCAAUUUAAAUUAUCUAUAAUCAAUUUUUAAUAUUUAUGCACUUCUGUAUUUUAAAUUCAACUCAAUGAAUAAUUCACAAUACUCGCAUAUAAAUUUUAACUUUCAAAUAAA